CUCAUACCACUUCCAGAGAACAACUUAAAAGGAAGCAAACAAAGAAAAUGCCGUCAGAAACUGGAGAAGGACGUCGGCGGCCGGCGGAGGGGCUGGCGGAGGAGGAGGCGGCGGUGGAGCGGGGGAGGGAGCGGUGCCCCCGGUGCAACUCCCGGGACACCAAGUUCUGCUACUACAACAACUACAACACCUCCCAGCCCCGCCACUUCUGCCGCUCCUGCCGCCGCUACUGGACCCUCGGCGGUUCACUUCGCAACGUCCCCAUCGGCGGCUCCUCCCGCAAGCGUCUCCGACCCUCCCCUGCCGCCGCCGUCGCCGUCGCCGUCACCUCAGCCGCCGCCGCCGCCGCAGUCCGUUCCCUCCGCCCUCUCUCGUCUCUCGCCUCGCCAGCGCCUUCCUUGGACCUCCCUGCCACCACCUCGGCCCCCUCUGCCUUCGGCUCGUUCCUUCCCGGCCCGGUCUCGGCCGGGUUCUUGGCGCUCGGUGAGCCGUUCCUGGGGCGCCGGACCGGGUUCGAGCUCGGGCUCGGGCUGGGGCUCCGAUCUGGACCUGCGGCGUCGCCGUCCAUCGAGGAGCUGGGCUUCGGGCUGGGGACCACGCUGCUGUGGCCCACCGCGCUGCUGGACGAGGAGGGGGUCAUCGGCGGCGGGGACGCGUGGAGGGUGGGGAGUGGUGGAACGGACUGCUUCGCUGCUCCGGCACCGGCUGCCGUUUGGCCGGAUCUCGCCAUUGCCGCGGCGCCCGCCGAGGGGAGCGGCAGAGCUGGAGGCGACUUGCGUUAGAGUGGCAUCGUCGUGAAUAUUUCGGAUUUGGGGGGCCUUUCCGGUUUUUGUGCCCCCUUGGGGUGGCCCACGUUUGCUUCUGAUUGGUGCCUCAGGUGUACCGAAACGUUAGAAGCCCAGUUCCUCUGUUAUUUUUGUAAUCAAACGUUAGAAGCCUUUUCUUCGAAAAAAAGAAAAAAAAAUGUUUUU